AGACCAAAAAGUUUCUUAUUUAUGACGUGGCGGCGUUCAAUUGGUUUAAAAAGGGAAUAAAUAAGUAAACUCAUCCGCAAUCUAUAAAAGAACGGGUAAGGAAAAUCAAAUCUCAAAGGAGAACGGAGAAAAAAAUGGGGUGUUUCUCUUGCUUCGAUGGAGGAAACAAAGAACAGCGAAAGGAGGAAGAAAGAUUGGCCUCUGCCGAAGCUCGUGCCAAAGCUGCUGAGGCUGCUCAGAAAAGGCAAGAGCAAUUUGAACAGUCAGCUGCAGGAAGAGCUGCACGUGCACAGAUGCAAGCGGCUGCAAAGCAGUCAGCAAACUCUAAUAAUGGCGAACCUGUUUUGAAGUGGCAGAUGGGUUGAAGUCGAAGUUUUGCUGUCUAUAUUCAGCCUAAUUUGCUCAUG